CGCUCGCGUCUAGUGAUGUGUAUUUCGAAUAUUUUCGGUGAGCCGGCAUUUGUUGCUCCGUUCUCCUUAAAAUGGUAUCCCAGUUCGCAAUUUAAAUACUCAUUUUGACACAAUUCUAAUAUAAUAUGUAAACCCGACCAGUAUGGAUGACUUCGAGAAAAACAUUUAAAACCCCACAUCACUGCGUUAACUUUGCGCAGAUCGAGCUGUGACUAUUGGGUAAACUGAGAAGGGAUUCCCAUACUUUCUGAACACAUGUUUCAGAAGUUCAGUAGGGGACGGUCUGGUGAUAUAAGAGCGGUCCCACGUUGUAGUAACUGACAUAGCGUAGACGAACCUGGGGGCAAGCUGUAGACUUUGUGGAAGAAUUUAGAGAAUUGGCAAUAUGGUGAAUCAAGUGCAGACUGUUGAUGACACUUGGCGAAGAUGUAGCAAAAGCGACUCGAGUGGGGCGAGCAACAGUGGCGGCGAGAGUUCCAAGGAGAGCUCUCGCUCCUCCACGCCAGUGUUGGACACCGACCGCACAGAUAGACUACGCGAUAAGAUGCGUCGGCGGACGGAGUCGGGCGACCACUGGUUUUCACUGGAGUUCUUCCCCCCUCGUACUGCCAGCGGUGCCGUCAACCUCAUUUCUAGAUUUGAUCGAAUGGGUUCAGGGGGCCCCCUGUUCAUAGAUGUAACCUGGCAUCCAGCAGGGGACCCUGGUUCAGACAAGGAGACCUCCUCCAUGAUGAUUGCCAGCACAGCGGUCAACUACUGUGGCCUGGAGAGUGUACUGCACCUAACCUGCUGCAACCAGACCAAAGAGAAGAUCACUGGGUACCUGAGCAAAGCCAAACGCCUCGGCCUGAAGAACAUCAUGGCACUAAGAGGAGAUCCGAUUGGGACUGAUUGGGAAGAGGAAGAAGGUGGCUUCAACUAUGCCACAGACCUGGUUAAGCACAUCCGCUGCGAGUUUGAUGACUACUUUGACAUCUGUGUUGCGGGCUACCCCACUGGCCAUCCAGAGGCACAGAGUUAUGAUGAGGACCUGAAACAUCUUAAGGAGAAAGUGGAUGCUGGAGCAGACUUCAUAAUCACUCAGCUUUUUUUUCGGGCUGAUACCUUCCUCAAGUUUGUCAGGGACUGCAGGGCCAUAGGGAUUACCUGCCCCAUCCUACCAGGCAUCUUCCCUAUCCAGGGUUACCAGUCUCUUAGGCAGCUGGUCAAGCUGUCCAAGCUCGAAGUGCCUGAGGAAAUCAUGCGGGUCAUUGAGCCCAUCAAGGAAAACGACGCAGCCAUCCGCAACUACGGCAUUGAGCAUGCGGUGGGCAUGUGCCGCAUGCUGCUGGAGAGCGGCGAGGUGCCGGGCCUCCACUUCUACACACUGAAUCGCGAGGUAGCCACCAUGGAAGUACUGCGGCAGCUUGGCCUUUGGAUUGAGGACCCCAGGCGGCCUCUUCCCUGGGCAGUGAGUGCUCACCCCAAACGCAAAGUGGAGGAUGUGCGGCCCAUCUUCUGGGCCUCUAGACCCAAGAGUUACAUCUACCGAACGCAGGACUGGGAUGACUUUCCCAACGGCCGAUGGGGCAACUCAUCCUCUCCGGCUUUUGGCGAACUCAAUGAUUACUACCUGUUCUACCUGAAGAGUAAGUCGUCCAAAGACGCCCUGCUCAAGAUGUGGGGCGAGGAGCUGACCAGUGAGAAGAGUGUAUAUGAGGUCUUCACUAGCUACAUCAUGGCCGAGCCCAACCAAGCCGGACACAAGGUGAUGUGUCUGCCAUGGAAUGACGAGCCACUUGCCCCUGAGACCAACCUGCUGAAGGAUGAGCUGGCCAAGGUGAAUCGGCGUGGGGUCCUCACCAUCAACUCGCAGCCCAGCAUCAACGGCAAGCCCUCCUCAGACUCCAUUGUGGGAUGGGGCCCCCCAGGGGGCUAUGUCUUCCAGAAGGCCUAUCUGGAAUUCUUUACAUCAAGUGAAAAUGUCACUGCCCUGCUCCAAGUGCUGAAGAAAUAUGAGCCUCGCGUCAACUACCACAUUGUCAACGUACAGGGUCAGAAUACAACAAAUGCUCAUGACAUGCAACCCAACGCUGUGACGUGGGGCAUCUUCCCCGGCAGGGAGAUUGUCCAACCCACCGUGGUAGAUCCAGUCAGCUUUAUGUACUGGAAGGACGAGGCCUUUGCCCUGUGGAUCGAGCAAUGGGCCAAGCUGUAUGAAGAUGAGUCCCCAUCGCGUAUGAUCAUUAAGUACAUACAUGACAAUUACUUCUUAGUCAACCUGGUGGACAACGACUUCCCAUUGGACAACUGCUUGUGGCAGGUCAUUGAUGACAUGUUCGAGCUGCUUGACGUCAAUCCACUGGAGCAGCCUGUUGAGCAAGCCGCUGAGCAAUUUAUCCAGGAACAAUCGGCAAACUAACCGUGGUGAAAGUCUCUGACUGAGUUAUGGUGCUGCUACGAUUUUACUUUUUCCUCAAAGUUAACACUACCAGUUGAAGUAUUCUACCAUGGAGUACAUACUCCAAUAUUUGACUGAAGUGGUUUAAGCUUAGGGAUCUCUUUUGAUUAAUAGAUGGUGUACAAAUUGGCCAUCAUGUUAAAAUCACUAAGUUUAUCCAACAUUCGAGUUGUAUAGAGCAUAUCAGUUGUUUCAUUUACAUAAGCUCACUGUAGCUAAAUUGGCUACUAUCUAGAUCAUGAAAGAAUAGAGAAUAAAGACUAGUUUAUCAUUUUGAGGCCCAUUAUUUUCUUCCCCCACAGAUGAAUUUGUGGAUACCAUAUUUAUGUAACUGCGCUCAGUGUGAAGGAAGUUAGAAGUCACUAAUGAUGAAAUGCUUACUAGCUUAGCAUAAAGAGUGAAUGUUUACAAGUGCAGCUAGCAUGCCAGCUGUCCUCUUAGACAUCCAUUCUUUGUACUAACCCCAGUUAAAAAUAUUGCAAAUACUACAUGGCAUCUUCCUUCAAACUGCAUGCAUAUGCAUAUAUUUAUUCUAUUUUUUUCUACAAAAAGUUCAUCUGGCUCUGGGAAAGUAAAUAAAUGAUUGUUGCCAAAAUGUCUAACUAGAUGUCCUUAAUACAAAAAUGAAUGGCACAGGGGAAAAUGUUGUGCUUUUUAAAUCAUUUUAAAUUCUUUCAUGUAUUAAGUUAUGCAUCUACAUAUUUGAGUCGUAUCGUAUAUGACAUUUUAUGUUGUGUGAAAGAGCAUUAACACCUAUUUUAGUCUUACUUAGAGUUUUUAUCAGUACGCUAAUACUCCAACAGCCCUAAUGUAGUUUGACAAUGCUUUUGAUGCUGCACAUAAUAGGUGGUCGGAGUUAGCCUGAAUAUGCAUUAUUUCAUAGAGGAAAUGGAAUGACUAAUGUGACAAAUGGGUAAUUUGUCUUUUUUUCUAUGAAAUAAUGCAUAUUUUGGUUACCUGUUCUAUUGUGUGCACAUUCGGUUUUGUCCAAUUACAGUAGCCCUGUUGUCCAGAGUUAUACUGUUAACUAAAAUGACUAUACAACUGCCAAAAUUAUCACUGGUGUGAAAUAAGUUGUUUAGACCAAAGCAUUUUGUAAGACUAAACUAUAUUUUAAACCAAACCAUUGCACAAUGCAGGGAUAUUUCAAUAGGGUUACCAGAACGCAUAUGUAACGACAGACUUGAUUUGUGAUUACCAUUGUAAUCUGCCAUAUAUUGUAAUCUGACAAUAAUUUACUAGUAUAGUACCACGCUGUUGCUAAAAUAGUCUGGUGGUGUCACAUAAGGCCUUAACUACCAAGCAUUUAAUCAGUGUUCUCACUGCUUUAUUUUUGUUUUAUUUGUUGAUAUUUAUUACUGUUGGUACAACAUGGUUUGUUAAUAUCAAUUAAAAAAAACAUGCUCUCUACAUUGCAA